AUGUCCGCCCCAAACUCAGUCAGUCUCAAGGUAUACGACGGUAUCGGCGUCGGUCUCGAUGUAGUGGCCAAUAUAGCUGAGGCAUCAGAUAUCCUCGCACCUCUAAAGGCAGCUUGUCGAACAGCAAGAACCAUUUUAGGAGUCGUACAGGCGAUGGAGAACAACAAAGAGGAAUGGACCAAUCUAACACUACGCCUCAAGGAUUACAUGAUUUCGCUCGAGAAACGAGUCGCUUGUCUUGAUAAAUGCCCUCCAGAGGACAGAGCUGCCGACGAGAAGCUCAUCCAGCCGCUCACUCAUUAUGUCGAAUUCCUGGAAACUAUGCAUGAUAGGGUCGUCGACCUAAGGGCGAAACAUAGCGGCAGCAAAGUCGGCUUCUUUAAAAGGAUUCGCGAUGUAAAGGCUGAUGCGGAGGAGAUUCGGAAGCUUAAUCGAGAUAUUGAAGAUAAGCAUAGCCAGUUUAUGGAGGCAUUGGAACAUUUGACCGCGUUGAGUGUUCAGGUUAUAAUGCGAGAUACUAAGGUCACCAAAUCCAACGUGGAGAUCAACAAGACAAACAUGGAGGUCACUAAAGCCGCUGUAGAGACGACUAAAGCCAAUGUAGAAACGAUCUUGACAGAUGUGGACGCCUCUGCAAUACUCCAGCUACCAACAGUAGCGUUUGUCGCUUCCUCCAUCCACAAUACCUGUAUGAAAGGAACGCGUGAGGCUGUCCUUGAGACGAUCCAGCGUUGGGCGGAGGAUGAUACGUCGGAUAAGGCGAUAUUUUGGCUCUGUGACAUAGCCGGCUCAGGCAAAUCCACUGUUGCAAUGUCCGCAGUGGAAUCAUGGCGGAAGGAGGGAAUACUGGGGGGCCGAUUCUUCUUUUCAAUCGCAAGCAAUGAGGGGUCGACUACCGACAAGUUCUGUCCCACCAUAGCGAGGGACCUCGUCGACUAUAUUCCGGAGCUCGCACCACACGUUGCUAGAGCGGUGAAGAGGCACCCUGCCUUAAUGCGAAACUCUCUUGAUGAGCAGUUCCAGAUGCUCAUUACUGAUCAUCUCCAUUAUCGGCGUGGGCGUGUAGUCCUCGUUAUCGACGCUGUUGAUGAAUGCAAGUCUGGCUCACAGCGAAAGGAGCUUGUAGAGACCCUUGCUAAAGCUGUUCGAGGAAGCAAAACCCUAAAGAUAUUCAUGACAAGUCGACCGGACCCUGUCAUCCAUGCCGUCUUGGGGUCGCUCUCGAUCAAAUGCAAGCUAGAGGACCGCCUUCACAAUGUCAACCGUCAUGAUAACUUCGAUGACAUCGCGGUCUAUGUACAUCAGUCACUAGAUGGAAUACUGUCUGAGGAGCAGAGGCAGAGACUGAUCGAAAAGGCCAACGGGUUGUUCAUUUGGGCAAGCACUGCAUGUCGAAUGCUCAAUAGCGAGACCAGCUUGACCCCUUCUCAGAUCACGUACAGUCGUCUGAUCUCCAUUAACCAGGCCGGGGCCAUCGACGAUCUUUAUAGCCUUAUCUUCAAGCGCACAGACCCUGAACACUACGUGGUCAUGUAUAAGAUGCUCGCGCUGCUACUUGCAGCAUUUGAACCGCUCACUAGCGAUGAUCUGGACGAUAUACUCAAGCAUGCUGGAGUACCGGGGAGUGCCAAGUCGUUGGUACGGACUCUUGGGAGUGUGCUUACAGAGGAUGCAACCACAAAUCUGAUUCAGUUUCGUCAUCCCACUCUCGUCGAGUACCUUCGACGCUGCUCCAUCGCCCCAGUAGUCGAUGAUCCCGGCAAGAUAUAUAUCAAUAUCACCGAUGCACAUGGUCAAGCCUCAUCGUGGUGUUUCAAAUGCCUCCAGUCGCGGACUGAAGGUCUCAAGUUUAACAUAUGUCAAAUAGAGUCAUCAUUCCUCCUAAAUAGGGAAAUCUCGGACCUAGACACCAGAAUAUUAAAGUUCAUCCCAAGGAAACUUCGAUAUGCUAGCUCUUAUUGGCUAUUUCAUGCUGCGGAAACGGACGACAACUGGCGAUCCACGCUCAAGAAUGAACUUCAACUCAUUAUCCAAGUUCCGUAUGUGUUCCACUGGAUUGAGAUCCUCAGUUUCACCGGAGGGGUGACACGAGCGAUCUCCGGUCUUCGAGCCAUUGCGCGUCACAUAGAAGUUGAAGAGGAAACUAGAAGCCGGAUAGACGAGCUCCGACGGUUUCUAAUAGCUUUUUCGGUGCCUAUCCAGGAUAGCGCUCCACAUAUUUACAUUUCAGCACUUCCAUUUACUCCUACCAAGUCCAGAAUGCAUAUUGAGGGCUUAAGGAAGUAUAAUAAUACUCUUAUUGUGAUUCGAGGACUUGAUGAUCUGUAUCCUGGGCUCCCCAGAACCCUUCGAGGUCACGGGCGCUCGGUCUACACUGUCGCAUUCUCGCCAGAUGGUUCACGAAUUGCCUCUGGCUCGGAGGAUAACACGAUUCGACUAUGGGAUGCAUACACUGGUCAACCAUUGGGAGAGCCACUUCGCGGUCACGAACGCGCAGUCUACGCUGUCGCAUUCUCUCCCGAUGGCUCACAAUUCGCGUCAGUAUCGUAUGACAGAACUAUUCGACUAUGGGAUGCAUACACUGGCCAACCAUUAGGAGAACCACUUCGCGGUCACGAACGCGCGGUCUACGCUGUCGGAUUCUCGCCGGACGGCUCACGAAUCAUAUCCGGGUCGUUCGACACUACAAUUCGAAUCUGGGAUGUAGGAACCGGCCGGCCUUUGGGGGAACCACUGCGGGGUCACAAACACUCAGUCUUGGCUGUCGUAUUCUCACCAGACGGUUCACGAAUCAUUUCCGGUUCAUAUGACAGGACAAUUCGAUUGUGGGACGUACAGAGUGGUCGGUUAGUGGGAGAGCCUCUCCGAGGUCACACAAAUUCGGUCGAGGUCGUCGCAUUCUCGCCAGACGGUUCACGGAUAGUUUCUGGCUCGCAUGACAGCACUAUUCGAUUGUGGAAUACAAAUACUCGUCAACCUAUAGGGGAGCCAUUUCGAGGUCAUACACGCGCAGUCUACACUGUGGCAUUCUCUCCAGACGGCUCGCGAAUCGUAUCUGGCUCGUUCGAUACUACGAUUCGAAUUUGGGAUGCGGAAACUGGUCAGCCCUUGGGAGAGCCACUUCGAGGUCAUGAGCUCUCAAUCUAUUCCGUCGCUUUCUCGCCAGAUGGCUCAGGAAUUGUCUCUUGCUCGCAGGACAAGACGAUCCGACUGUGGGAUGCAGAAAAUGGUCAAUUGAUGAAAGCGCAGUCACUUCUGGGUCAUAAAAACUCGUCCAAGCCCAUCUUAUCCACAUCAGACGGCUCACGGAUCAUUCGUAAGUCAUAUGACGGGAUGAUUGAGCUGUCAAAUACGGACACUAUUAGGACACUGGGAGAGUCAUUUAGAGAUCACGAAAGCUUAGUCAAAGCUGUCGCAGUCUCACCGAACGGGUCGCAAAUCUGUUCCAGCUCGGAAGAUGGGACAGUUCGACUAUGGGAUACAUACACCGGUCAGUUAAUGGGAGAGCCACUUCGGGGCCACGAAGAACCAGUAUUGGCUGUUGCGUUCUCAGCAGACGGCUCACGAAUCGUCUCUGGCUCGGAGGAUAAGACGCUUCGGCUAUGGGAUGCAGUCACUAGUCAGCCUCUGGGAAGGCCAUUUCUUGGUCACAAAAAAUGGGUCAAAGCCGUCGCAUUCUCGUCCGAUGGCUCACGAAUUAUCUCUGGUUCAUAUGAUCAUACGAUUCGACUAUGGAAUGUAGAGACUGGUCUGCCUGUUGGAGAACCACUCCGAGGCCACCAAGCGUCGGUUAAUGCGGUCGCUCUCUCGCCAGACGGUUCACGAAUUGCCUCUUGCUCGAGGGACAAAACAAUUCGACUAUGGGAUAUAGGCACUGGUCAGUCAUUGGGGGAGCCACUUCGAGGCCACCAAGCAUCGGUCAGAGCCAUCGCAUUCUCACCAGACGGCUCAAAAAUUGUCUCUUGCUCGAGGGACAAGACAAUUCGACUUUGGGAUGCGAACACCGGUCAACCUCUGAGAGAGCCGUUUCGAGGUCACGAGAGCGUAGUUCACGCUGUCUCAUUCUCUCCAGAUGGUUCGAAAAUCGUCUCUUGCUCACAGGACAAGAAAAUUCGACUGUGGAAUGCAAGCACUGGUCAGCCUCUAGGAAGGCCGCUUCGAGGUCACAAACGCACGGUUCAUGCUGCGGUAUUCUCCCCAGAUGGUUCACUAAUCAUCUCUGGCUCAGAAGACAAGACGAUUCGGCUGUGGAAUGCCGAGACUAAUGUAAACGUGAAUAGCCUUAACCAGGAAGACAAUGUAUCUUCAGAUUCGGAGCUCACCGAAAUCCCGGGAACAAGCCUAAGAAUCCUCGUACCCGGAUUCACACAUUGCUCGCUUAUGCCGGAUGGCUGGGUGCAAUCUUCUGGCAAACGCCUCUUCUGGGUACCCACAAACAACCGGCACGGACUAGAGUCUCCGCUUCUUCUUCUGACUAUGCCCACGACGAGUCAGUUCCGCGCAACCAAAGUGGAUUUCACCAAGUUUUCAUGCGGACUCUCAUGGACAAACGUUUGUGGAGACGGGAACCAGUAA